GUUCGCCAAAAAGAAAAAUCUGUAGCGCUGCGAUCUGCUUGUAGCAGACACUCAGGCGUCUUUUAAUAUCUAUUUGUGUCUAUGAGGAAAAGUUACUGCGUUGUGCUGUGGGUCUUCUAUCAGAACGUUCUAUAUUGACUACGAAUUAAUAAUAUAAACUUGUGGCAUUCUAAAACUGAAUUACCGCAUUGCUGAAUGGUUUAACUUAUCAGUGAUUCAUCGAGAAAAAGACUGACUGGUUAAAGAGCUACUUCUAUUUUCUCCAGUAUACUUGCUUUAUCUAGUAGUACUGCCGGAAACUCAACGUAACCUGGCCUGCUGCUGUUUGUAUUUCGGAUAUAGUUUGAGUAUUUAGGUAUAGGUGAUUACAUUUCUAAGCUGACAUACAUCUUUAUAUGCCAGUUUUUCCAAAAUUGCUGGAAUUUGAAAAGGGUGUUAGUUCGCUAUGUUUGCAAAAAGUAGCAUGGAUACGUUUCUCUUACGGCGCAGGCUCGGCAUUUUUAUUGCGCAUGUGUGUGAGGACUUGGCAGAGUCUACCAAAACAAAAGUGCACGGUUGUUUCUCUCUCAGACUUUCAGCUGCUUUGUGUACAGCGACGAGCAAGAUGAGUGCGAAAACUGUAACACUGGGUAAUAUGAAUCCAAAUAUUAAACGCAUGGAGUAUGCAGUACGAGGUCCUUUGGUUAUUCGAGCAGCUGAAAUUGAAAAAGAGCUAGAAAAGGGUGUAAAGAAACCUUUUACUGAUGUUAUCAGAGCUAACAUUGGAGACUGUCAUGCAAUGGGUCAGAAGCCUUUGACCUUUCUAAGACAGGUGUUAGCCUUGUGUGUUUAUCCUGCUUUGAUGCAAGAUGAACAAUUUCCAGAUGAUGUGAAAAAAAGAGCCCAAGAAAUUUUAAAAGGCUGUGGAGGGGAAAGUGUUGGUUCUUACAGUGAUAGUACAGGUGUAGAAAUAAUUAAGAAGCAUGUUGCCAACUACAUAGAAAGACGUGAUGGUAUUCCAUCCAAUUAUUUGGACAUUAUAUUAAGUACUGGUGCUAGUGAAGCUGUAAAGAGCGUGCUGAGUCUGCUAAAUUAUUCUACUAAUGGAAAGCCUCCCGGAAUCAUGGUUCCUAUACCGCAAUAUCCAUUAUACUCUGCUACUAUUGCUGAAUAUGGAAUGAAUCUUGUAAGUUAUUAUCUCGAUGAAGAGAAUGCUUGGGCUUUAGAUAUUAAAGAGUUGAAACGUGCCAUUACAGAGUCAAGGAAGGAGUGUCAGCCUAGAGCUUUAGUUGUCAUCAAUCCUGGAAAUCCAACUGGUUCAGUUCUUACCAGAGAAAAUAUAGAAGAAAUUAUCAAAUUUGCAUAUGAAGAAAGAUUAUUUCUUAUGGCUGAUGAGGUGUACCAAGACAACAUUUAUGCUGAAGGUAUGAAGUUUCACUCUUUCAAAAAAAUUCUAACCGAGAUGGGAGAGCCUUACAAAAAUAUGGAAUUAGCUUCUUUUAUGUCUGCAUCAAAAGGAUAUAUGGGCGAGUAAGA